CAGUCCUUUUGCUUCAUGUUUACACACACAUCAGCGACACAAAUGUGAAAGAGCUGAAAGUUAGAAGUCCAUGAGUCAACUGUUAGCCUACUUGUUAGAGUGUAACAUUGAAUAUUGAUCCUGGUGACAAAUUGGAUGUGCUGAACAGAGGGAGAAAUAAAUGUUGAAUAGAAGAACACCAUGUCAGGAGAACAUCUCAACCAACAAGAUCUUCAAGUGGUGGUCUUAGGUCCAAUUGAGUCAGGAAAGACAUCUGUAAUAACCACUGUGCUUGGUCAGAGGACAGAGUAUAAGUCAGGAAAAAAGACGGGUGACAGUGUGAAGAGAGAGGGGCAGGUUGGUGGCAGAAAACUCACCUUCAUUGAUACCCCAGGCUGGGUGGGGUAUUUUCCUUCAACUGACACAGCAGAGGUUAUCAAGCAUAAGAUUGUGCUGAGUGUGUCUAUGUGUCCACCAGGACCCCAUGCCUUCAUUCUGGCCAUUGAUAUCGAUGUCCCAUUUAAUGAGAAGAACAGGAAGUCUAUAGAGGAGCACUUGGGCCUCUUUGGGGAGAAAGUUUGGGAGCACACCAUAGUGGUGUUCACCUGUGGAGAAUAUCUGGAGGAUAAAAGCAUAGAGCAGCAUACUGAGAGUGAGGAAGAGGCUUUGACAUGGCUGAACGAGAAAUGUGGGAACAGGUGUCACAUGUUUAACACUGACAGUAGAGAAGGUUGUAAUAAAGUGAGUGAGCUACUGGAGCAAAUUGAUAUUCUAGCAAAGGCUAGGAACAGCUACUUUAAGCUUGCUGAGGAAAUACUGAGGGAAAUUGAAGAGAAGAGGAACACCUACAGGGAGAGAGCACAGCAGAGACGGCAGAAGGUUCAGGACCAAAGAGAAAUACUACAUAGAUAUGGUGAGUGGCUUAAUCACACAAAGCAAAACUAGAGAAGAAAUUGUCAGAAUGA